CGUGUCAUACAGAAGCGCAACGCAAAUCUCAUUUAGUACGGUGCGUAAACCCCUCGUGAAUGGAAGCCUUUUCGAACUAAGGCGCUGGUCAAACGAUGUGAACGUGUCGCCUAUCACUCAGCAAACCAGUACAGCAAAGCACAACUAAGUUUCUUUAGGUGAAAAAAGAAACAAAUUUUACAAUAUUUAGUUGAAUAAAAGAUUGACAAAAAUGUUUUCCAGUUGCAUGAAAAUUAAGUGAAAAAGUGCGGGAAGCAAAAAAGACCUGAAAAGAAAGCAGAAUUUCAUACGAAAAGCUGAAUUUUUUUGCGCGUAGCCAUUUUGCAUUGGCGUUUACCCUUGUUGAGAAGGAAUAUUUUAUUAAAAGUAACAAUUUUGUGGUGGAAUUUCGAAUCCACUUAAAAAUGAAUAGUGCGUGAAAAGUUUAAUGUAAUUUGAGUAAAAAGUCCAUUAAAGAAUGCUUGUGCAAUUAUUUUUCUGAGGCACAUAUUUGAAAAAAGGAAGUUGGCCAAAAAAUACCAAUAGAAUAGUGAAGCAUGGAAAAAAGCCAUUAAUUUUCGAAAUAAAUAUCUUUCGGCAGUGAUGUGAAUACAUAUGAAAAUUUAUGUGCGGAAAUUUGCGGAGCAUUGAAUUUUUCUCAGCGUAACGAAUAGUGCAGCAUGCAACAUAAAAUAUAAGUGUAUGUGUGCGCGUAACAUAUCAUUAAUUACGUAAGAGUGUCAAUAAACGGUAAUAUAUCAAUAAAGAAUAUUAACAACCACAAAUAGAAGAAAAUAGUACAUACAUAUCCAUGUAAAUAAAUACGAUCCAUGAGAAAUCUAUUUAGGUUUUACUGGAUUUCUAAAGCUAAUAUGGCGAACAUGCGGAUGAGCCAAGUGUUGGCAUCUUAUUGGUAUCGAUAUUCUAGGAACUAUAGCAUUGCGAGCGGGAGUGCGUAGAAAAAUAAUCAGGGUUAUAACUCUUAAAGUGUUUAUUGAAUGUAAAUUGAGGGAAAAGAACUGCAUGCAGUACUCAAAAAACAUACCAAAUGCACCAGCCAUAGCGAUAACUAAAACAAAAACGGUAUUUAAAGCAUAUACACUCAACUGAAGCCGUUUAAUAUGCAAUGAAAAAAACUCACCUUGAAAAGUGCGUUGUAAAAUAGUACACAUAACUUAUAGCCGCACCAGUGCAACAAACACCAACCGCAGCGCCACCCGUUGUGCAACUAAAUUUCACGGUUCACUUGUUCACAUUUUUCGCCAGUUUGAAUGGUCGCGCCGAGCAUUACACACAUUUAGCAUUACGUAUACGCACCGGCGAGCUUCGCAUAACACAAGGACAGUGCGUGUGAAGUGACAAACGAAGCGAAAUAACAAAGCCAAUAAAAAAAAACAAUAAAACAAACAAAAAGCCAAUAAAAAGGUAACAAAGCAAACAAUAAAUAAAAAACAAAAGCCAACUAGGUAUAAUAUAACGGUGGACAAAAAACAAUAAUAAAAACAUUAUAAAACAAAAAUGCAAAGACAACCAUAAAUUGAAAGUAACAACAAACAACUGUGAAAGGGAAAACAAAUCAUCAACACUUACACGCUUGGUCUACAAAACAAUAAUGUACUCUAUGCAGACAAUACAACAAUAAAAGGCCGUAAAUAAAGCGUCAAAAGCAAUUUGCUAAAACGCAUAUCGCUUGCAUUUAAGCGCCAACUGAACACGAACAAAAAAAGGAACACAAUCCAACAGAAAAUUCUAUGUAUUGUGCAGCGUUCAAAUUUAAAUAACCAAAAAACAAGGCAACAGCCAGGCAAAUCAUACAGCUAGACGCCUACGAACCUUUACACACACGACACAACCACCACCUCACCAUGGAUCGCAAGCAUAUUGGCGCUUUGGCGCUGUGCUUGUUCGUUUUGUUAUUUAAACUAAAUGUAUUUGCUGUGGUCGCUGACCAAGAUGAGGAUAUACCACAUAAUGAGGUACGAAAUUGGGCGCUUAAAUUUGGUGUGGAUCUUUGGGAGUUCGGACGGCAAUUUACAAAAAUGAAUGAAAUAAAAAAUCGUUUUAAGGAGAAUGAUAUCGAAGUGAAACGAAAGGAUGGCAUCAUAUUGCUGCGCGAAUUGGCAGCCGAGGUUAAGAAUUUCAUGGAUUUCAAGCGCAAUGCUGUGAUGCGCAUCAUGGACUCCGCCGAGCAAGCUGCACUUUCCGAAUUGGACUCACAAAAUUCCCAUAGCACUUCAGCGACGACAAAUAAUCAGCACUACGACGCGCGACGCAUUAACGAAUAUAAUUCGGAUGGAAAAUUGGCAGACGGCGCACGCCACAUGGACAUACGCUUUAUGCGCCGAUUUGAACGUUUGCCUGUCAAUCUCAGUCUUAGUUCGAUUUUGGUGCCGAAUGGCGUCUCACUCGACGACGGAGAUGUCAAGGCGGCACUGCAGUGGAGCGCGCACCUGGACCCACUCUUUCAAAAUAAUCUCGAACGUGAUCCAGCUCUGUCGUGGCAGUAUUUUGGUUCAUCGACUGGCUUUCUACGUCGUUUCCCCGGCACCGCUUGGCCGCCAGAAGGCUCGAAAGGCAGCAAGCAGAUCCAUGAUUUUCGCACGCAAAAUUGGUUCGUGCAGGCAGCAUCUUCCCCCAAGGAUAUUAUGAUUUUACUUGACUCUUCGUCGAGCAUGUCGGAUAAGUCGUUCGAUCUUGCAACGGCUACUGCUUUCAAUAUACUUGAUACACUAGGCGAGGAUGAUUUUGUAAAUUUGAUCACAUUUGCGGAGGAAAUCAAAACGCCAGUGCCAUGUUUCAAGGAUCGUAUGGUGCGCGCCACCCCAGACAAUGUUCAAGAAAUAAAAUCAGCGGUAAAGGCUAUAAAGCUUCAGAAUACAGCUAAUUUUACGGCUGGACUAGAAUAUGCGUUCAGCCUAUUGCACAAAUACAACCAGUCGGGCGAAGGCAGUCAAUGUAAUCAAGCCAUUAUGCUCAUCACCGAGAGUACAUCUGAAACCCAUAGCGACAUAAUCAAGCAAUAUAAUUGGCCUCAUAUGCCCGUACGAAUUUUUACAUAUCUGAUCGGUUCCGAUUCGAGUAGUCGCAGCAACUUGCAUGAAAUGGCCUGCUCCAACAAAGGAUUCUUUGUGCAAAUCAAUGAUAUGGAGGAUGCUCGCAAGAAAGUUAUCGAUUAUGCACUAGUUAUGGCACGGCCCAUGAUUAUGUAUCAGGCCGAUCAUCCAGUACAUUGGAGUCCAGUUUUCGUCGCCGGCAAGACAGGUGGUUUGGCACGUGACUCCGACUACCAGCGACGGCUGGUGACGACAGUUUCAACUCCGGUCUUCUAUAGACGAAACCAUUCGGUGCGUGUGGCUAAUUUACUCGGUGUUGUAGGCACCGAUGUGCCCAUCGAGGAGAUACGAAAAAUGAUACCGCAACAUAAAUUGGGGCCGAAUGGAUAUUCGUUUAUCGUUGAUAACAAUGGACGUGUACUGUAUCAUCCAGAUUUGCGUCCUAUGAGUGAUGGUAAUCAAUAUAUUGAUCAGUUGCGGCCGCGGUACACGUCGGUCGACAUAACGGAGUUGGAACUGCCGGAAACCGAAGUGGGCAAUGAGCAUGAAAUUGUCGAAAUGAAUAAGAAUCUGCUGUAUGAUAUGCGCAAUGACAUGCUUAUGCCCAAAGAAGGUGAAACCGAAUUCACUGUAUUCAACCACUUUGAUGGUAUGAAACGUGUAACGGCGCGUACGCAAAGGUAUUUUUAUGGACCUAUUGAAGACACGCCAUUCACUUUAGCUGUUGUACUCCCUGAAAAAUAUGGAAGCCAUGAAUUAGUCUCCCAACAAGAAAUACGGCACUCCCGCCGAAAUGUGACCGAAUACUUCAAAGGAGAUAAUUGGCGCGUACACCCCGAUUGGGUGUAUUGUGAGUACAACAGUGUUAGUGAUUUAGAGAAAGAGCGUGAAAGCUCGGGCGAAUAUCUGUCAGCCUCUCGGGAACAAGAAUUAAGUUUUGGCUCACCCGAAGAGCAGGUGUUACAUUUCUUGGGUCGUGCAGGUCGGCCAGGCUGGAAGUGGAUGUCGGUGCGCCCAAAACCACCGCAACCACACCACGCCAUGCAUGGUGCUACACCUGUCGGCCAUUUUGCCCAACAUCUAAAUAAUGUUCAAGGAUCUCGCAAAGCUGAACCAUACUUUUGCGAUCGAACCUUAGUACAGAGUUUGGUGCGUGAUGCUAUGGUAACCGAUGGUCUGGACCGAAAUUCAACUGUAACUUCAACUGGCAAAGAAGAUAAACAUCCAAUCGCCACAUUAAUGGCUAUACUUAAGAGACAAGGUUAUCAAAAGUUUUUGGUUGCCACUUCUUUCGUUGCCACGCGUUCGGGUCUUCUACGUUGGAUUGAUCACAUGAAAAGACCAGAGGACUCGCCUGAUCCCCAUUUCAGUGAGGACAAUGCCCGCGCCAUGAGCACAUCCUGGUACAAACGUGCCGUAGAUCAGCAUACCGUCGAACAAGACAGUUUUGUCUAUAGUGUGCCCUUCGCUACUGGCUAUGCGACAAAAUUGAAUACAACACUUGUUACUGCUUCACACGCGAUAUUCCUUGAACAUCGUGGUCACAAAGCCAUAGCCGCCGUCGUUGGUUUACAAUUUCAAUUGGACUCUUUGGCAAAACAUUUUAUAAACAUAACCUCAACCUGUACCGGCAUGACAGGCUGUCGUCGCACUUGUGCCUCAGAUGAUCUCGACUGCUAUGUGCUGGACAAUAAUGGCUUUGUUAUUAUCUCCGAGCAAGGCGAUCAUUCAGGAAAAUUUUUUGGACAAAUCGAUGGCACUAUAAUGGAUUCAUUGGUACAGGAUCGCAUUUACAAACGUGUCACGGUUAAUGACUAUCAAGGAAUUUGUUCGGAUGCCGAUAAUCCUUAUACGGCGGCUAGUGCUUCAUUGCAGCCACACCGCGCUUCCACGUGGCUUAUGAAAUAUUUGAUAUCGAUGAGCGCCACUUGGUUGGCUAUGUUACCCGUACCGCUGCAUGCUUGGCCACAGGACGAUUACACAUACAAUGAAGAUGUAUUUGAAGAGCCUUCAUAUACCGACGAUUAUGAACCAUUUGAGGACUAUAAUUCACCAAUUGAUGAGGAAGUGGAUGAGUUUUUCACCACCGCCGAUGUGGAAUCCACGACACCUCCGCCUAAGCAACAUAAGCCACACACCGGACCACGCGCGUCGCCAGACCCACAACACGCGAGGCGCUGUGACCUGCGUACGGAUCUCUAUAUGCUGCAGCCAGAACGUCUAAAUCAAGGCGGUCAAAAUAAUCCUCUUAAGGGCAAGCUGACCAAUUGUCAUGUGUCAGGAUGCGAACGCCCCUUCAGCGUACAGAAAAUACCACACAGCAAUCUCAUUUUGCUAGUAGUGGAUACCUUAUGUCCUUGCGGCUCCAAGCAGCUGGAUAUAGAACCGCUUGAGGAGUCGGGUACUAUUGGUGCCUGCAGCGCACGUCGCCAGUCACAGGAGAGCGCAAAGCGUCGUCGACCCAAAAAAUGUAUCAACUAUCAUCCUGAAGAAAUCGAAAUUCAGCAAUGUGGGCGUGCCACGGCGCUUCUACAAACACCCAUUUCGCUCGUCAUGGCACAUCUGUUUAUGUUGGUGGUGAUGUUUACGUUCACAACCGCGUGAUACUAAGUGGAGUAAAAGUGAAAAGUAGCAGGUUACAGUUACAAAUAUGCAACACUAACAUUUGAACAACAAAAGGAUCCUACAUACAUAGAACGACAACAUGAAACAACGCAACAAUAACAAUAGUUAUAUGCCAACAAAAGAAUUACAUACAUACCUACAUGCAUUCAUACCAACAAACCCACUAAAGAUAAAAAACAAAUAACGUUUAUUAGUAUAUUUAAAAAAUAUCAAUUAUCACGUAAGUAUAUAGCUUAGUUCAAUUAAGUUACUAAUUAGGUGAAGUUGUGGAUUUAGUUUUUAUGGCAAGCGGAAGAAAAGUUUUGACGUUAAGUACUGCAAAUAUUGUAUGUAAUUUUUAUGGAUUAUUUUAGCGCAAUUCCGCGUAAGAUCCAAUUUACAAUAUAAUAAGUAUCUUAACUUGUUUAAAGAUUUUUCACAAAGAGUAUUUUCGGAUACCAGAAAAUAAUUUUAUAAUUCAAAAUCCUAAUCAAACUGUGCUGUCUUCCUUCUUUAUAAAAGUCAGCAUUUGCUUUUAUAAAAAACUUUCUGGUAGAAGCGCUCCUAUUUGGAGCAUUUAACAUAGAAGAACUUGCCACUUUCAAGAUUUUCAAAUUAUUAAAAUCUUCUUCGUAGUGGCUGUUGUCCAUGUGAUUUCAAUCACUUGGAUUUGCCUAACUAUAUGAGUACUCUUUUUCGAAGCACCUCCAAAAUCGCUUUAAAAUAAAUAAGAUCAGCCGCCAAGUCCCCUUUUUUUUAGAUUUUUAGUAAAAUCUUUAUUAAUAUCCACCCUUUUCCUAUCGGAUGGAUGGUGGGAUCUAUGAAGAAGAUUUACUCUUCAUAAUUCUAAGCUUUGCACACGCUAGAGCGGCAUUUUCUGUUCGCAGUUUUCUUGCAGCAUUCUUCAGAAAACAUUCAUAUUCUUUUGUCCCCACAUUUAGUCAUCGGGAGUCCGAUCUAACCGCAUCAGCGUAAGCUCUUAAGUCAGCAAGACCUUUUUUAAUUUGUUUGAGUUUCUCAUUGACUACCAGCGACCAGAGUAAUGACGACACCGCGCUCUCUUGAAGAAUGUCUCUACUGACCGGUUUAGUGGUCUCAUGCCCACCCCAUUGAGACCUGGAAGUUUUCCAACUCAGUACGCUGCUUAUCCAGUUUGAAAAUACACGGUGUGCCACUAUCGUUAAUACUCCAUCGAAAAUAGCUCGUUUUUGACAUUAUUGUAUACACUCUAAAAAAAAAUUUUGUAGAUUUCCUAGCUAAAAGGUAGGUUACUGAUUUCCUAACUUACU